AUGAUCUCGUCCGAUGGAAACUACUUCUGCAUUCGAGAGGCAACGCAGUAUCUGUCCGUGUCGGCAGGACCGACGCAACCGCACAAUCCCAACAAGGAUAUCGAGGUGGCCCAGCCGCCCAAUGACGGCAUAUCCAGCAUGUGCUUCAACCCCAAGGCCAACUUCCUCGUUGCCACGUCAUGGGACAACCAGGUGCGGUGUUGGGAGAUUCAGGGCAAUGGAGCGAGCGUUCCCAAGGCAGGAACAGCACACGAUCAACCAGUGCUCUGUUCAGCAUGGAAGGACGACGGCACGACAGUGUUCUCAGGGGGCUGUGACAAGCAGGCCAAGAUGUGGCCGCUCAUGUCGGGGGGGGCAGCAAGCACAGUGGGCGUGCACGAUGCUCCCAUCAGCAAGAUGGCGUGGAUUGCCGAGAUGAAUCUUCUGGUUACUGCUAGCUGGGAUAAAACGAUCAAGUACUGGGAUACGCGCCAAGCCACCCCUGCCCACACACAGGCGCUGCCCGAGCGGCCGUACGGGCUGAGUGUGCGAUACCCCCUCAUGGUGGUGGCCACUGCAGACCGCCACAUCAUCGUGUACAACCUCGCAUCGCCGCAGACGGAGUACAAGCGGGUGAUCUCGCCCCUCAAGUACCAGACGAGGUGUGUGGCGACGUUCCCUGACAAGAGUGGGUACCUGGUGGGGUCCAUCGAGGGGCGCGUGGCCGUGCAGCACGUGGAGGAGAACCAGCAGCAGAAGAACUUCACCUUCAAGUGCCACCGCGAUGGGAAUGACAUCUAUGCCGUCAACUCCAUUGACUUCCACCCGCAAUUCGGCACGUUCGCAACGACGGGGUCGGAUGGGGCAUACAACUUCUGGGACAAGGACAGCAAGCAGCGCCUCAAGGCCAUGCAGCGCUGUAGCCUGCCCAUCUCCUGCAGCGCCUUCAACCACGACGGCACCAUCUUUGGAUACGCUGUGAGCUAUGACUGGAGCAAAGGCGCGGAGAACCACAACCCGGCAGUGAACAAGAACUACAUUCUUCUGCACGCAACCCAGGAAAGCGAACUUGUUCCGGCCUCGUCGUGGCACUCGUCAGGUGUGAUCUCAGCCUUUGAAACAGAUCCGAAGCUCGGAAUGGCUCAAGCAAUCAGCGGCUCAGCCUCGGUAGUUUCACAAUUCGCUGUCUUCGCAGCUGACGUGUCGACCCAUCGUAAAGGACCAGUGGCUGCCGCGUGGCACGCUACUGCAACAGAUGGCGUUGCGGCCCGGGCUUCCGCUCUUCCAGCACUGCGUGCCCGACAUGCGACCAGAGGAGCCACGUUGAGAGCUCGCGCCUCGACGCCAGUGGAUUAUGACUCCUCACAGGAUGCGACCGAAACGGAGGAGGAAGGGGCAGACUCCUCUCCUCACUCUAUCGAGCGCAUCCUGAAGCAGGCUGCGGACGCGUACCAGUCGGAGGACGAGGCGGCGGUGGCGACGGUGGAGGCGCAGCUGCGAGCCAUGGAGGCCGACCGCCAGGGCCUCGCGGAGCGCCUCGAGUCGCUCACAGCUGAGAUCUCCACUGCCAAGGACCGUUUUUUGCGGCUUAACGCGGACUUUGACAAUUUCAGGAAGCGGUCGGAGCGGGAGAAGCUGGCCAUGGCGGCCACGGUGCGCAGCGACGUGGUGGAGGCGCUGCUGCCCAUGAUCGACUCGUUUGAGCGCGCCAAGGACAGCGUGAAGGCGGACACAGAGGCGGAGAGGAAGAUUGACGGCGCUUACCAGGGGAUUUAUAGGCAGUUUGUGGAGGUGCUGCGGGGGCUUGGAGUAGCUGCUGUCGAGACAGUUGGCAAGGAGUUUGACCCCAAUGUGCACGAUGCGAUCAUGCGGGAAGACUCUACGGAGCACCCCGAGGGCGUGGUCCUUCAGGAGUUCCGCAAGGGCUUUGUGAUCGGAGAGAAGCUCAUUCGCCCCGCCAUGGUCAAGGUCUCCGCUGGCCCAGGGCCCGCUGGUGAUGCCGCCGCUGCUGCUGCUGAUGGUGCUGCUGCCGGUGGUGAUGGUGGGUCGGAUGGGUUGGAAGCAGAGAGUGGUGAGAAGUCGGAAUAG